UCGCUGUGAGCUCGGCCACUGUGAGCCGUGCGGAGGGCGGGGGAGCCGGACUCCCUCAUCCAGCGCUUCGGGGGGAAGUAAGUCCCAGCGAGUGGACGACAAGUGUGGAAAUGGAUUCGACAACUCGGGGUUUGACUCAGCUCGGUUACUCUUUCGACAGGACGACUUUGGAAUAACAAAAGAAAACACGGUCGGAGUGGAAAUCUCGGAAAUCUGGCUGAACUUUCUGACUGGAGUUUUUUUGUGCUUUAAACCAAGAUAUACAAGCAAACAAACACAGAAACAAACAAACAAAAACAAAAAACGGAAAACAACAACAACAACAAGCAAACCGCUCGCGAGCCGCAGCUUUUCCCGCUUUUCUGUGGACGCAGUGGAUCGGAGCAAAUUCCUAUUGUAAUGGUGAAAAGAGGUCGGGAGAGGGAAAAGGGGGCUGACGGGCGAUUUUUUAAAUGAAGGUGGACUCCAACUUUAUCCCAAGUCCACUUUCUGCCGUCUUUUUACUUCAGUUCUGCCUCCUGAGAGGCGGAAAAUGAGGGAAAGGUGCAGUUCUCCGCCCCGCUUCGCGACGAUGCUAAGCAACGGUUGAUCCGGGUCGAGGUGGACGGUUGCGGCUUUAGCAUGGGCGGUUUUUAAAAAGCUAAAAAAACACAAACUAGACGCGGAAAAAGGGACACAGUGGGUGAAGUCAGCAGGACAUCCUUCCUUUCCAGUAACCCGGGACCUGCCUGCUGUCAGCCCCCACCGUUCCCCCCGGAGAGAGAGCCUGUAUGCGGCUAGCAUGGCUAGCAGCCCCUCAGGCAGCCGCAGGGACUCGGUGCUGGUGGAAGCUCGGCUCCAGGGCGGAGCGCCGUGGGGCUUCACCCUCAAAGGUGGCCUCGAACACGGAGAGCCCUUAAUCGUCUCAAAGGUAGAGGAGGGUGGCAAGGCAGGGCUGCUAGAGUGCCCCCUGCUGGUGGGAGACGAAGUGGUCAUCAUUAACGGAGUGGAGCUGAGUGGCUUCAGACAGGAGGCCAUCUCUCUGGUCAAAGGCUCUUACAGAACACUGCAGCUCACCGUCCGCAGAGAGAGCUGUGCAGGUCCGUGCUGCGGCGAGUCCCGCCCCCCCACUCCAUCCCCCUGCCAGCGAGGCCGCAAAGACCGAUGCAGCGGAGGAGUUCAGCUACGCAUCAAAAACAGGCGCAGUGAACCCGGGUCCCGUCCCCACUCCUGGCACUCCACUAAACUGGGUGAGGGCCCUCUGGACCCCGACAGCAUGAUGCAGAUAUCCCAGGGUGCGGUGGGGGCUCCCUGGCACCAGGGUUACCAUUCCAGUGCCUCCACCACAGACCUGUCUAGCUACGAUGCAGGCUUUCUGAGGAAAAGUCCAGACCAGUACAGCUCACGGGGAAGCAUGGAGAGCCUAGAUCCCCCUCACCCCACCUACAGUUCCUGCAACCAGCUCUCAGCCUCCAAAUCCUCCAACAGCAUCGACCACCUACACAGCAAGCGUGAUUCUGCGUAUAGUUCUUUCUCCACCAGCUCUAGUAUUCCAGAGUACCUUGCAGCUGCGCCAUCAUUCACCAAGGAGCGGUCCUAUUCUAUGGAAAGUGUUCCGCAACAUAGAAUUGCAGAGGGCAUGCAGCAGGCAGAUAUUCGGUAUGUUCGCACUGUCUACGACUCCCAACAGGGUGUGUCGGAAGAACAUGAGGUCUCUUCCGCAGCGCUGCUGAGGAACAGCGAGAUGAAGGCACAGUCAAGAAAUGUUCAGAGUGGGGUUUGUCACCGUGCCAACAGUAGCAGCAGUAGUAGUGGUAGCAGCGGAAGCAGUAGUGGUGGCACGUCUCACCGCCACAGUGUAGGCCCAGUAUGGGGCCCAACACAUAACCGCAACUCCUAUGAAAACCUUAAGGGGGCGCCAGCUCCUCCAUUACGCAGUGACAGCUAUGCAGCUAUCCGGAACCACGAGCGGCCCAACUCAUGGUCGAGUCUUGAGCAUGCUCGUUCCUUGAGGUCCCUUCACAAGGGUUCUUGGCAUCACUCAAGUGGUUCUGUGGCAUCAGGGAAGUCAUCUUUUGGCCUUGAGGGUCAGCUUCACACUGUCAUUGAAAAGAGUCCUGAGAGUAGUCCCACCAUUAAACCCAAACAAAGUUUCCCUCCUUCUUCACAGCCUGGACGGGCUAUGCUACCCACUGGUGUCUACCCUGUUCCACUGCCAGAGCCCCAUUUUGCACAAAUACCUACUACUAAUCCCAGCUCCAGUAGUGUCUAUCCAGCACUUGCCAAGGAGAGCAAUCACAUGCCGGAAAGGGACCACUGUGGAGUAUCAGAGACUGGAACCAGGAUGACGGUAGAAAAUGGAUACCAAAGCACUGCUGCCUACUCUAGCGCUGUCCAGCCCCAUGCUCCUCCACCUCCCAAGCAAUCCAGCCAAGUGCAAGAUGACCCCCAAGCCAAAUAUGGUUUCUACAGGUCACAUUUACAACCACAGGGGUACAUGACCCCAGCAUCGUCCAUGGGGCCAGAGAGGAGAGACCCUUACACCCCGGUUCAGCCAAGGGGGGAGAGACCCAGGUACUCACAUGGCAUGGACAUUAUGGAAUCUUACAGACAACCUAAAGAGGAAGAGUUUCAGGAACAGAAUGUCCAUCCACAGCUUGCUCAUACAUCCGUUAAAGUUGCACAGGGACAGGUUGUCCAAACUCACAGAGGCAGCACAGCCCAAGCACAAGGAAGUGACCUGAAAAUCAGCUCUUCAGGAAGGUACCACAGCGACUCCAGCGCCUGUCAGCAGAGGGACCAGGAUCCAGAUCAUCCCCUAACCCGACUAGAGAAUGCGCUAGCAGAGGUCCAGAGAUGUGCUAGCCCACAGAGCAGUACUAGUCAGAACAGCAUCCAGAGUGAGCGUAGCAUGUCUGUGCUAGAGAAAAUUAGUCACUUUGAGAGACAGCAGACCAAACCACGCAGUCACAGCAGCCUUUCCAGUUACAGUUCCUCUACACGUCCGAGUCAGGCUACCCGCAGUGCCAAAAGUUCCGUCUCUGGUUUGGAGGAUCUGCAAAACUACUCUUAUCCUCAAGGGAGAAGUCGGAGUGCUUCUGCUAUGGCAAGCCAUGAGGGAAGUACGGAAGGACAGCUAGACUUACGACCAAGGUAUGGCAGCACUGAUCCGACUCAGUACAGGAAACCACAUGACCUGCACAGGAGCAAGAGUUCCUUCCAACUUGGUGAGAACAAUGGCAAAGACAUUCACAGAAGCAAAAGCACUUUUCAACUUGGUGAGGAAAAUGGCAAAGACCUCCAGUGGAAGGAUGAUCUUCAGGAUUUCUUAGGCACAGUUCAGGACCCCUCUUUUAAUCGGGCAUACAGGGAUAGCAUCAAGGAUGCUCAGUCCAAGGUACUGAGAUCCACUUCAUUCCGAAGGCGAGACUUGAGUGUAAAUCCACCUCCUGUGCCUGUCAAACACAUGUCUCUGGAACGGAAGGGACCCAAGACAAGUCCCAAACCCACCACAUCUCCACACACUCCUAAAGAACGACAUGCUGUCCCUGUUGAAGUACCAGAAAGAAGUAGUCCUCCUGAGCUUCCCAGUGUUCCUCCAGUAGGGCCUCCAGUCAUGCGAAUAUGCGGACGCAAACGACUGACCAUGGAACAGAAAAAAAUGUCAUACUCUGAGCCAGAAAACAUGCAUGAAGUUGGGAUUUCUGAUCAAGAGUCUGGUUCAUUUCAGAGGAAAGCACCAUCGCAGUUUUUGCUUCCUGAGACGAGCGUUGCAGAUCGGCGCAGGAUGUUUGAACUCGUGGCUAGCCGCAGUACAGGCCUUAAACCGGCAAUUUCAAGGCCUGAUUUGAAGCAGAUGCAGCAAGAUGCUCUGGCUGAGUACGUGGAGCGCAAGACUGGUCGACGGAUGGACGGACGUCCACAUCGUCCCCACAGUGCCUACAUGCAGUCAGCCUCCUCUUCGUCUACAGACUCUCAAAGCCUAACAUCUACACCCAGUCUGUGCUCUCUUCAAGAGCCAGGGCCAGAGGGUGUUUCUGGAGUUAACCGCCAGUCCUCGACACUCAUAGCCAAUGUGCAGCGGCCUUUUUACUCCAACAGGGGCACACAAGUACAGGCUCAACCUGAAAUUUACCACUCUAGGCCACAGAGUCAGCCUGCAGAGCCUCAGAAACCAGAAAGGAUUCCAGAGAGACCCAUCCAAUUCAAUGUUCCGUUUCAAGACCUGGACCGCUUCUGCAGUGGUCCUGUUCCUCAAAGAAAGGAUGGAGUGUUUGAAAGAUCUGCCCCAGCCAGGAGCUCAGGCAAGUCAGCUUCUGCAGAGGACCUCUUGGACUGCACUGAAGACCGCCCGGUUACUCAGCACUUCAGAUCAAGAUCCUCUCCAGUUGUGGAGAAUUACAAUAAGGACUUCUUGGCCGGAGACCUCAGAUUGUUUGGGAUUGUCUCCAAAGAGCCGCCUGAAAACAGAGCAUUGGGGGGUGCAGCACCUGAGCGAGCGUCUCUGGGCUCAGUACUUCUGGAGCGGAACUACCUGCUGAACUCAGGUCCGAGCCAGACGAACACCCCUGUGACAAGGAGGGAAAGACAGCGGCACUCGGACCGGCCCCGGGCCCACAGCGCCUCGGGCCUGGCUGCCUCUGUGGGACUGCCAUGCCCGUUCUCUCCUCCAGGCUCCUGCGCAGCUGGCGAGACGCAGUGCCAGCCCAACCUGGACGCUAUAACCUUCCCAGGCACCGUGCACGAGAGUUCAUUCAGAACGUCAGGAAUUUCCAGAGACGUCCUGAUAGACCCCUCGGCCACCCAGAAGACCGCAGCACCAAAGACAACCUCUAACCUGACACCUCCACACUUAGAGGUCAAAGUCACAGACUCACACGCACCUUUCUUCUCUGAUCCGCCUCCUAGGUCGUCCCAUACAGGGCCGCCCACCGCUCCCAAAAGCCCCGUCUCUCCCACCGAGCCCCUUCUAUCUCUACGGAUCUCAGAGUCCAGUCUCCACUUCCCUCCACCCCCAGAUGUGUCACAGGACGAUGAUGAGGUGUUCUUAGCCCCGCCUUCUCCACCACCGCCUCCCCUACCUAUCAGAGAAACAGACAUUACGGAGGACCUCCCAUUUCCACAUCCACCACUCACGAUUGAGGACAUUGCACCCCCUCCAGAGCCGUCGAGGCUGAGCAGCGUCUCUGAGCAUCAGUUUCAUCAAGACGGACAGCUGCUUGAUCACUCCUCGAUACCUGUGUCUUCUGAGCCCAGUUCAGCCCCCACCAGAUCUGAGGAGUCUGAAGCUGAGUGUGUGGUCCAGUACCCCGAGGGCAGUUCCGUGGAGAAGGAGGAGGAGGAGGAGGAGGACUCAGUAAGCCUGGGCCUUGAGUCACCCCCGCUGGCCCGGAGAGAGCGCUCAGCAGCGGAGGUGAAGGUGGAGGUUUUGGCUCGAGAGCUGGUGCACAGAGACGAGGCUCUAGCUCCACUCCUGGACGCCUGGUCAAGCACCAGCACACUGGACCUAAUGGAGGACAUCUUCCCCUCCCGUUCCUCAUCUACACAGCAACAUAUGAGGAGCAGCACCACUCGUCCAGGUGACAGGGCUCCUGAUGCAGCCGGUGUGGCAGACGCUCCAGCGAAAGGGGGGAUGGAGACGGAUCUGGACGAGGAAGAGUUAGAUUUGAACCAGAAGGUGGAGCUGAUGCAGGCUCUGGCUGUAAGUGUGGCAGUGCUGCACAGGGAGAGAGCGAGCCUGGCGGGGGAGCAGCAGCGCUACAGCGAGCUCGGUUCCAGUAUAGAGACGCUGGUGCAGCAGCACUGCAAACCCAAUGAGAGGGAGAAGUACCGCAUGUUCAUCGGUGACCUGGAGAAGAUUGUGAACCUGCUGCUGUCUCUGAGCGGGCGGCUGGCCCGGGUGGAGAACGCCCUCAACGCCCUGGACAAGGAGACGGAGCAGGACAGCGCUGAGGAGAGAGAGUCUCUACAGCAGAAGCGGAAGCAGCUGUGCAGCCAGCAGGAGGAUGCGCGAGAGCUGAAGGAGAACCUGGACCGGCGCGAGCGCGUGGUCCUGGACUUCCUGGCCGGUUACCUGAGCAUGGCGCAGCUGCGAGACUACCAGCGCUACGUCCGCGCCACACCGGCCCUGCUGAUCCACCAGCGCCACCUGGACGAGCUCAUCCGCCACGGCGAGGAGCAACUGCAGAGACUGACCGAAAGCGUUCCCCCCGAGCUCCGUCCACACGCCACAGACUCCGCCUCCGUUUCCAGUUCAGACACUAGCCAAGCACAGGGUUCUAAUCCCCCUGCCCACCCACCACGACCCACCACUGUGACCUCACUCUGACUCCGCCCAUCAGUGCAGAAUAAUGCUGCUCUCAGCUGCUGAGGAGGUAGAGAACUUGAAGAGAUGAAGGUGAGAGAGGGAAAGAGAGAGAGAGAGUAGUUAAGAGGAUAAGAGAGAGGAAGAGAAAAUAAGCAGUCUAAUGUAACAUUGUCCUCUUCCCGACCUCGUAUAUGUGCCUUAUCCGAAGGAUUUUGCUUCAGCAUGAAGGGCGAUGUUACCGACUGUAGUCUGUUGCCUUUAGAAAGUGCCGUUAGAUCUGUCCUCAGCACCUCGAGCCACAAAAACGGCAGCAGAAAAUGCCGCACGUGCCUUGACGCGGUGUUUCGGAUCGGAUGCAUCGGCGAUUCUAAACCUGCCACACUGUGUUUCUGAUCCACCAGAACGCGUCUGCACCGCACUGCCUCCACACUGUUUACCCCAUACAGCGGCUCAGUACUGCACAACCCAGUGGCUGUGACCGAAAUGCUUUAGGACACUAAUGCACACAUCAUAUUUCAUAGCGUCUGAAUCAUAACAUGGAAUUCCCGAGUGGUUUUGAAGGUGCUACACUUUCCAACAAUGCACUCGGAUUUUCUAGUGAACAUUGUAGAUCACUACAUCUGCUGAAAGGGCAAGAAAAGUUUCUUACUGCAACGCAACCGAGAGAACGUUAGCGGGAGCCGCUGAGUCACUGAAAACGGACAACAAAAAGCAGCACAGAUAAAGACAAAAACAAUGCGUUUACUACCCACUGCUCACCAAUAAACACUGAGCGGUAGCUGUUAUAGGCUCCUGCAGUAGGACUGAAAGAUUGUUUUAUAUUAAAAUUGCAUUUUGAAAGAGUGCAAUUUUCAAAUAACAUGAGCUGCCAUUUUAAUUAUACCCUGUAUUUUCAAGGUUUACAUGGGAAAAUUGAACCCUGUAUCACAAAACUGCCUGCAGACGAUGCUUAACAACACAGCGGCUAACUGACGGUCAGGCACACGUCAUGAAGCUUUAGAAAAAGCCUGAAAAAAGUUGAUAUGCUGGCCUUUUUAGCCAAAUACACAGGUCUGUGGCCACUUUGCGUAAAACAUUGACUUCAACAAAUGUUUCAGGGAUUAACUGCCAAAACUGAAGUGUUGAAACUUCAUUCUUUCCACUUCAACAUUACAGUGAGGAGAAUUUACACAGCUCACUGACAGUGAAGAGAACACUUCAGACCAAAAUUCACAGGAUAUGUUGUGCAAAAUAAUCAGUUUAAGUCGCACAGCACAGUAUUUGUCAGAAAAAUGCAGUGAGAUAUUUUCCCCAAAUUUCCCAAAUUUUGCCUCCCUACUUGGAACAAGACUUAAAUGCGUAGUGAAGUUCUGAACGUUUCCCACUCCUCAUCUCCUGUACUUGUGAAAUACAAGGUUACGGUGUUGUCUACGGCUACAAAUACCAACAACAAGAGCUUCAGCUUCGCUCAAGCGACUGAUAAUGGCUUGUUUAUGUGACUGAUGAGUAUUGAUGCAGCUUGAUGACGGGAAACUGUCUGAAUUCCUUUUAUGAUUUGUGCGUUUGGUAAACGAAAUAGUCCAACACCCCCUGUCCAACACACCCCCUGCGCCCCGUCCCCCCGUCCCCCCGUAGGACUGGGCCGUUUGUGUUAAUUGUGCGGAAAUUGAAAUCUUAAAGAAUUCAGUUGUCUAAUCACAAGAGCUGCUAUUUUUAUUACAUCAACACUAGUGUAGAGAAAUUGGAGUCCGUGAAGUGCCUGUACACGAGUUCGACCACUCAGAAGCAAACAAACAUCCAAGUACUGUGACAUCACAACCACGGAAAAAGUAGAUAUUCCUGUCUUCGUGGCCUGGAGCUUAAUGUCUAAUAAUGACGCAGUAUUGGUCAGAAAAAUCACAAUUAGUUAUUUUGAGCGGCGUAGAGCAAUAAAAACGAGGGAGUAGAGAUCCAUUACGGUCACAGCCGCUGUGUUCAAAUCCACUGCCACACAGCACAGCUACGCAAAGUGAAAGACUCCACGGGCACAACUCCGUGUCUACAUGUUCGUGUAGAUCUAUAUGCUUCACCUCGAUGCAGUUAUUGUGACAGUUCACGCUGUAAGCAAAGCACUUUGUGACCGACGCACUGCUGAUUCAGAAAGAACUGUUUUAACAAUUCCACCCGUUUUUCUACAUUUCUGCAUAAUUAAAUGGUUAAGGUGUAAACAGAGUCGUUCAGAGUGGGUUGGUGUGAAACGCUCCUGCUGAGCAGCGGUAGUGACAGGAGCCAGAUGUCCAAAGAGAAAGUUAGUACAUGAAAUGGUUAUGAAGAUGCGACCUGGUGUCUGAGACAUUGUUGACGAUAGUUUUGAGAAGGUUUUGACCUGAAAUGGUGGAGGGAUACAUCCAAGAGAAAAAAUAGUCCCCAGAGGAAACUGCUUUUCAGAUUUAUUAGAGCUUUACCAUCAUAAAUAUUCCAUAUAUUAACUCAGAAGACCCGUGUAGGUUCUCUGGUGGUUCUGGAUGGUAAAUAAAAUGUCUAUAUGUGUGUUGCAGUCAUAGCGACGUCUGGUUCCCAUCACCACCACUGUGAAGAGAUCUGAACCAUUUCACACCAAACCCACUCCGAAUGAGUUCCCCUUUAAUCCUCAGCCUGAGCUAAAAGGAAAGACCUCGGCAAGACAAAAUAAAAUGCUCCAUGGCUGCCGUGACAUCAGCAACUGCAGUAAUUAUUUAUAAAUAGCCUAUAUAUGAAAGCGUUUGUAAUAUGUAAGUGUACAUACUCCGAGCUAACCUCUCCAGAUCUUUAAAGUGUAGAAAUAUAUAUAUAUUUUAUAAAGAUUAGCUCACCACGCACGUGGCCCAUAUGAACAACUGCAUAUGGAAUGUGUUGUUUUUAGGAUGCCUAAAUUAAUUUUUAAGCUCACAGUUGGCUUUAAAAACAAAAAGGUGCUUCUACGUCUGGACCAGUAAACCUGAAUUUAAGAUCCUUGUCGAAGAGAAAACCUCCUGAUGGGAUAUUAGUGUCCAGUUCCAUGAAUAACCAGCAGGAAUCGCUCCGGGGAGGAUCAGAGGAUUCCAGCUUUGAAUGAUGACGGCUGUGUUCUGUUCUGACCGACGCUCACCGAGGGUCUUCGGUUUCCCUCUCAGUGCACCUCCCGAAAACGUUUGCCUGCGUUUAUAUCUUCACCACUUAUCGCCUUUAUUUUUGAGAGCACCUUUUAAGCAUUCACAGAAACAUGGUAACCCCGUACGGUUUGUUAUGAGCACUCACACCGGGAACGGUGCCGUUGAUACUCUGCUUUCGUUGCCUUUGUUAGAGGUAGAACUUCAGACUCAACUUGGAUUUGACAGGUUUUCGGGUUUUUUUUGUCUUUUGGCAAAUCAAACAGGACUUCGCUUUACUCUGAGUGAGAAACGAGAAAGCAGAUCCGCGUUUUCAAAAUAAAUUUAUUUUUUAAAGAGA